AUGGCCGACGCUGCUCAAGUCCACGAGAUGUUCGACACCAUCCUCAUUCUCGACUUUGGUUCCCAGUACUCCCACCUGAUCACCCGUCGCAUUCGUGAGUUCGGUGUCUACUGCGAGCUCUUGCCAUGCACCCAAAAGAUCUCGGAGCUCUCCUGGAAGCCUACCGGUGUCAUUCUCUCGGGAAGCCCUUACUCCGUCUACGAUCACGAUGCUCCCCGCGUCGACCCCGGUGUCUUUGACCUUGGUGUUCCCGUUCUCGGAAUCUGCUACGGUCUCCAGGAAAUGAGCACUUACUUUGGAGGCAAGGUCGAUCCCUGCGACCACCGCGAGUACGGACCCGCCACCUUGAACAUCUUGGCCGCUGCCGCCUCCGAUGCCCAGUCCUCCAUGCUCUUCGAGGAGUUGAGCUCUGAGUCCCAGGUCUGGAUGUCCCACGGUGACCAGGUCACUGCCCCCCCAAAGGAUUUCCGCGUCAUUGCCUCGACCAACACCGCCCCCUUCGCCGCCAUUCGCCACAACGAGAAGCCUCUCUUCGGUAUCCAGUUCCACCCUGAGGUUACCCACUCUGUCGAUGGAAAGCAGAUCCUCAAGAACUUUGUCCUCAAGGUCUGCAAGGCUUCCCAGAACUGGACUAUGUCCGAGUUCAUCGGCAAGGAGAUCGAGCGCAUUCGCCAGAUUGUCGGUGAGAAGGGACAGGUCAUUGGAGCUGUCAGCGGUGGUGUCGAUUCGUCUGUUGCCGCCAAGUUGAUGCACAUGGCCAUUGGCGACCGCUUCCACGGAAUCUUGGUCGACAACGGUGUCAUGCGUCACAACGAGUGCGCCCAGGCCAAGAAGAUGUUGGUCGACAAGAUGGGCAUCAACCUCAAGAUUGCUGAUGCCUCGGAUCGUUUCUUGGACAACCUCAAGGGCAAGACUGACCCCGAGGAGAAGCGCAAGAUCAUCGGUAACACCUUCAUCGAUGUCUUUGAGGAAGAGGCCAAGGCCAUUGAUGACGCUUGCUCUGCCACUGGUGCCGCCCCCGUCGAGUUCUUGCUCCAGGGUACCCUCUACCCCGAUGUCAUCGAGUCGAUCUCGUUCAAGGGACCAAGUGCCACCAUCAAGACCCACCACAACGUCGGUGGUUUGAAGGAGAACAUGAAGUUGAAGUUGAUUGAGCCCCUCCGUGAGCUCUUCAAGGACGAGGUCCGUGAAUUGGGAAGGCUUUUGGGCAUGGACGACGAGCUCGUCUGGCGUCACCCCUUCCCCGGUCCCGGUAUUGCCAUCCGUAUCCUCGGUGAGGUCACCAGGGAGCAGGUCGCCAUUGCCCGCAAGGCCGAUUACAUUUACAUUGAGGAAAUCAAGAAGGCCGGUCUUUACCGCCAGAUUGCCCAGGCCUAUGCUGCUUUGUUGCCCGUUAAGGCCGUCGGUGUCAAGGGAGACAAGCGUACCUACGAGCAGAUGAUUUGCUUGCGUGCCGUCGAGACCUCUGACUUUAUGACUGCCGACUGGUUCCCCUUUCCCCACGAUGUCCUCAAGAGGAUCUCUUCCCGCAUCUGUAACGAGGUCGAGGGAGUCAACCGUGUCGUCUACGAUGUCUCUUCCAAGCCCCCAGCAACCAUUGAGCUCGAGUAA